UGACCGAACCCAACAUAGCUACCACAGAGCAACACGUGCAGGUUUCAAGUACUUAAACCGUGUAUAACGGCCAAUAUGUCCGCAGUAGGAAGAAAGGAGAAAGUAGUAGUAGUACAGAUGUUUCUGAACGAACUACCGGAUUUUGAUGGAACAGGGUGAACUUUCUUCGGUCUUUGAUGAUAUGGGGUUGAUGUCUCGAUAUCGUUUGAUGGGUUUGCCCAGGAUUAAAGACUUAUGCGAUGAGAACUUCGAAAUGCCAUUUGAUCAUUCAUUUUGAAUUCUUUUUGGUCGCUGCGGUAAUUAUGGACUUGAAUACGAUAGUAGGAGCUUUACGCCAUUGUGGCCGCAUUCAAGCUUUCAAAAACGGCAAGGCGUUGCAUUGCCAGUUGAUAAAAUACGGGUUCUGGAGGGAUGUUUUUGUUGCAAAUAAUUUGAUUGCCAUGUAUGUAGAUUUCACUUCCAUGGGGGAUGCAGAAAAUUUGUUUGGGGAAAUGCCUGUAAGGAAUGUUGUUACUUGGACCACCAUGAUCUCUGGGUAUACUAUUGCAGGAAGUCCUGUUGACGGUUUAAGGAUAUUUAACUUGAUGUCAGAGUCAGGAUCAGAACAACCGAAUUGCUUUACAUAUUCUGCAGCACUUAAAGCGUGUGCUUUGUCAGGGAAUCUUGAACUGGGCAAGUCAAUACACAGAAGUAUAUCCGGAGAUAAAUUGCAAUCUGAUACAGUUUUGAUGAACACUGUUCUUGACAUGUAUGUUAAGUGCGGGAGUUUGAGUAAUGCUAGGAAGGUGUUUGAUGAGGAUUUUCUACCAAAUUCAAAUUCAUGGAAUACAAUCAUCGCAGGGUAUUUGAAGGAAGCUCAGAUGGAAGAAGCAGUUAAUCUAUUUCAUAAAAUGCCCAAACCUGACACUGUCACAUGGAACACCAUUAUUUCAGGCUUUGCCCAUAAAGAGAGUCCAGAAACGUUAAAAUUUCUAGCAAUGAUGCACAGAGAAGGCUUUAAACUUGAUCAAUUCACAUUUUCAUGUGCUUUGAACACCUGUGGUUGUCUCAGUUUGCUUACAGUGGGUAAACAGAUUCAUUGCUGUGUGGUUAAGUCUGGUUUUGAAUUAAGCUGCUUUACUGGGUCAGCUCUUAUUGAUAUGUAUUCUAAGUGUAGUGCAAUUGGUGAAGCAAUAAAGUGGUUUGAUCAAUAUCCAAGGUACCAAGGGUCUGUUCAUGAUAAGUUGUCGCUUUAUAAUUCUAUGCUUUCUGGGUAUGCUGUUAAUAAAUACAAUGUUGCUGCUCUUGACCUAGUCUCUCAAAUCCAUAGCUUAGGUUUACCUCUCGACUCCUACACUUUCAGCAGUAGUUUAAAAGUCAGUGUUAACCUGUUUGAUUUGAAGCUUGGGCUUCAACUCCAUGGUAUAAUUAUAACCAGCGGAUAUGAAUCAGAUUAUGUUGUUGGAAGUGUGCUUACAGAUUUCUAUGCAGAAAAUGGGAACAUAAAGGAUGCACUAAAAUUGUUUCAGAAGCUAACCAGGAAGGAUAUAAUUUCCUGGUCUAGUUUGAUUGCAUGUUGUGUUAAAAAAGGAUUAAACUUGUUAGUGUUUUCUCUGUUCAAAGAUAUGGUUUACUUGGAUUUUGAAGUAGAUCAAUUUGUUCUUUCAAGUGUUCUUAAAGCCUGUUGUAACAUUGUGGCGCUUGAAGCUGGAAAACAGGUUCAUGCUUACUGUGUUAAGAGCGCAUAUGAAAUGGAGGAGGUAAUAAUCACCUCUCUGAUUCAUAUGUACACAAAAUGUGGUGAUAUUGAGGCUGGAUUGACUUUAUUUAAUGACGUUUCCAGGAGAGACACCAUUUGUUGGACUGAAAUCAUUGUUGGGUGUGCACAGAAUGGAAGAGCAACAGAAGCAAUAAGGUUAUUCCAAGAGAUGCUAAAAUCAGGAGUUGAACCGAAUGAAAUCACUUUUCUAGGUGUUCUUUCUGCAUGUAAGAAUGUUGGUUUGACUAGGGAAGCUUGGAUCUUUUUGAAAGCCAUGGAAUCAAAGCAUGGGCUCAAACCACGUAUUGAGCAUUACUGUUGCAUGGUUGACCUUCUUGGUAGAGCUGGGUGUUUUGAAGAGGCAGAGAAGUUGAUUGCUGUUAUGCCAUAUGAACCCAAUGAGACCAUAUGGCUCUCUUUGCUUGGAGCCUGUGGAAUUCACAAUAACAUUGAACUUGCCAUUCGCAUUGCCCAAAAUCUUUUUGCAGUGUCACCACAAAACCCAUCAAUCUAUGUGACACUGUCAAAUAUUUAUGCCAGUUUGGGAAUGUGGACUGAUUCAACAAAACUUAGAGAACUUAUCAGAGAAACUGGCAUGAAGGAAGCUGGAUUAAGCUGGAUUGUGGUCAGGAGUUAGAAUUGUUUCCAAAAGGUGAUUUUAUUCCGGACGGGAGUUGAUGAGAGAGCUUGGGUACCAAAUAUUAGUGGUUGUUUCUCGUCUUCAAAUCCUUCAUCAACCUUCUAGUGAAAAUCCUGUCCUAGCUAAAGAACUUUAGAGCAGUCCCAUUCGCCCUAAAGUAAAGGUUUUCUGUUGGAAAGCUGUCAAUUAAGUGCUGGAUUCGUGAUAACAAGAAGUGGAAAAACUGGUAUCUCUCCCCUCAUGUAUGCAUUCUUUGCCCAAAAAUGGGGAAAACAUCAACCAUCUUCCGGUGCUCAGGUGUGGGAAAAUUCUCUCCCUGGUUGGAAGUGAUUGAGCGGCUCCAAAUGACAUAUCAGACUUGUUCACUAAAAACAUGAUGAGUGGUUCAGUGAAUUCUUUGGCAAUGUGUUUUUGGGGUUGUCUUUUGCCGGUUGUGGAAUGAAAGAAAUGCACCAAACUUUGAAGAGAAGGCAAGGAUGGCUCAGACUGAAACGAUAAAAAUAAGAGUAGUUCAUUGGGUUUUGAUUUGUGAUUGUUUCAGCUAAUGACUUGUUAAGUGGGCGGCAAGCUGUUGCUGAUUUUCAGGCCACAAGAUGGCAAAGGACGGCUGGUUGGAUUGCCCCGACUCCCGGCAGGUCAAAGCUCAACUUUGAUGGACAUUGCCUUGGUAACGCGGGGGAGUCUGGUAUUGAGGGCAUGGUUAGGGGCCGCCAUGGAAUAUAGUUUUUGAGGGCUGAACUGCAAGCUAUGAUUCAAGGUUUAAAGUUCAUGAAUAUGCAGGGAAUGAGGGACAUGGAGGUAAACGGAGUUGCAAAACCAUAAUCUGCUGAAUAAGUUCUCUUGAAGAGAUCCCUUGAAAGUUUAAGGCAGUGUUUGGCAUUGAUGCCGUUUUCUCAGAAAACAGCACCACAUAGGCACCACAUCAGAAAAGGCGGUGCUUCAAAAAAUGGCCUCUUAUUUGGUACCGUUUUUCCAGAAAAAAACGUUGCUUCAGACCAUAUCUUGGAAAUUGAGAAAGUGUGGUCUGAAGAAACGUCAAGUUCACUGUUUUCUCAGAAAAUAGCCCAUUGCUGCUAGCGGUGCA